CCUCCACAUCAACCCAAGUUCUGCUGGGAAACAGACGCGUUCACAGACACACGGGCCGAGUGCCAACCUCUUUCAGCUAUAGUCCAUGCGUGUCGGAUCAGUGAGGGCAGUUUCGUCUCGGACGUUGUUGCACGCAGGCAGGCGCAGAUGGAUUCUGGCUCUGCGAUCUCUCUGUCACUCUUUGUGAGGGUGCUGUUGACUUCUGCUGCAGCGGCGGCGCUCAACCUCGAGGGGGAACUCUUUGCGGAUCUGAUGAGGGAUUACAACAAGAACAUUCGGCCCAAGGAGAACAGCAAUGACGUCACUCAGGUCACCAUCAAGAUGACGCUCACCAACCUCAUCUCCCUGAACGAAAAGGAAGAGGCUCUGACGACCAACGUCUGGAUCGAACUGCAAUGGUGCGACUACAGGCUGAGAUGGGACCAGCCACCCAGGUCACAUCUGUACGGAAACAUCACCUCUGACCUGCGGGUCCCCUCCAAGAGCAUCUGGCUGCCAGACAUAAUACUGGAGAACAACGUGGACGGACAGUUUGAAGUAGCUCUCUACUGCAACGCCCUGGUGUCUCCUAACGGCUGCGUGUACUGGCUGCCACCCGCCAUCUACCGCAGCGCUUGUCCCAUCACGGUCAACUACUUCCCCUUCGACUGGCAGAACUGCACCAUGGUCUUCCGCUCUCAGACGUACAGCGCCAAUGAGAUCGAGAUGGUUCUGAAAGAGGAGGACAACCAGACGAUGGAGUGGGUGUUCAUUGAGCCCCAGGCUUUUACGGAGAAUGGAGAGUGGGUCAUCAGACACAGGCCAGCCAAAAAGGUGAUCAACGCUCAGCACAGUAAAGAUGAGCUGGACUACCAGGAGGUGAUCUUCUUCCUCGUCAUCCAGAGAAAGCCCCUCUUCUACAUCAUCAACAUCAUCGUCCCCUGUGUGCUCUUCUCCUCCCUCAGCCUCCUCGUCUACUUCUUACCUGCCAAAGCUGGGGGUCAGAAAUGCACAAUGUCUAUUAUCAACCUUCUGGGUCAGACCGUGUUUCUCUUCCUUAUUGCCAAGAAGGUUCCUGAGACGUCAGAGUCGGUCCCUCUCAUCGGAAAGUAUCUCAUGUUUGUGAUGUCUGUGACCACCAUGGUGGUGAUGAACUGCGUCAUAGUCCUCAACAUUUCCCUGAGGACACCAAACACACACAUGAUGUCAGACAAAGUGCGAAAGAUCUUCCUAAACAUCCUGCCGCGACUGCUGAGGAUGCAGAUGCGUCCGUGGACACCAAGCGGCGACAGCAGCCCCGCGACAACGAACGGUGGACCUCUGGCUAAAGAUGGGAAUGGUGUGUUCAUGGUUCCAUGCCGGCGCCGCAGCUCCAUGGCCCUCAUCGCUAAGGCGGAGGAAUAUAUAGUAAAGACAUCCCGAUCUGAACUGAUGUUCGCCAGACUCAGAGAGAGAAACGGCUUGAUGAAGUCAGUGUUUGAGAAGCUACAUGACGGGCUGGACGUGGGCACAGCCGAGCAGCUCGGCGCCAGUCUGGCGAAGGCCUCCCCGGAGCUGAAGCAGUGCGUGGCCUCCUGCAAGCACAUCGCUGAAACGGCGAAGCAACAGAGCACCUUCCAGAACGAGAAUGAAGAGUGGUUCCUGCUCGCCCGCGUGAUUGACAGGGUCUGCUUCAUCGUCAUGGCGUCCGUGUUUUUUAUCGGCACUAUAGGAAUCUUCCUGAUGGGCCAUUUCAACCAGCCCCCCUCCUCGCCUUUCCUUGGGGAUCCGAAGAUGUAUCUCCCUACAAAUAAUAUGACAGACGUGCAGGGCUGACCAGAGAACCAAAGGGACUAUGGAGACGAUAUGGCUGCACUGGUAGCGUGGGCAGUCACAGAGGUCAAAGGUUAAACACGCUUGCUCCAGGUCCUCAAGGGCGAUCUGUUGUCAGCACAAUAUUUACUGCUCUGACUUGAUUACACAUUGUAAUUUACUGGCGUGAUACUGACAAACCUCCCAAAAUCGAUAUCUUUAGCAAUAAAAGCCCUUCUGUAAAUGA